AGUACCGAGCCGUUUCCACAGCCCUCUACUAGUCUACUGUCUCCGCUCUUGUUGGCUGAACUUCGCAGCUUUCUGCUCCAGCUUCUCAUCAUGCCAGAGCCGGCCAAGUCUGCUCCUGCGCCCAAGAAAGGCUCCAAGAAAGCCGUCACCAAAGCCCAGAAGAAGGACGGGAAGAAACGCAAGCGCAGCCGCAAGGAGAGCUACUCCGUGUACGUGUACAAGGUCCUGAAGCAGGUGCACCCCGACACCGGCAUCUCCUCCAAGGCCAUGGGUAUCAUGAACUCGUUCGUGAACGACAUCUUCGAGCGCAUCGCCGGCGAGGCGUCCCGUCUGGCGCAUUACAACAAGCGCUCCACCAUCACCUCCCGGGAGAUCCAGACGGCCGUGCGCCUGCUGCUGCCCGGGGAGCUGGCCAAGCACGCCGUGUCCGAGGGCACCAAAGCCGUCACCAAGUACACCAGCUCCAAGUGAGCUGCUAGUGGCACCCGGCGCUCCUACGGGCUGCCGGGCCCAGCAACCCAAAGGCUCUUUUCAGAGCCACUUA